CUCUCUCUCUCUCUCUCUCUCUCCCACUCUUGGAAUUUGGAACCAACUCAUUGUCAGAGGCGCACCCAUUAUCAUGAGCUGCUGCGACUGCAAUACAGAGACCCCAAAACCCAAGAUUUUGGCCGUCAUUCUCGAUUUGGAUGGGACCCUUUUGGACACAGAGCGGGCUACAAGGAGCGUCUUCACGGAGUUCUUGGCCAAGUAUGGCAAGACUUUGAAGAAGGAGAGGGAAGAGAAGAGGGAGAUUGGCAAGACACUCAAAGACUCGUCCACCGCCACUGUCGAGGACUAUGAUCUUCCAUUGACUCCUGACCAGUUCAUUGAAGAAAUCAUCCCCAUGUAUCAACAAAAGUGGAAGCACGCGAAAGCUCUUCCUGGUGCUACCCGUCUAAUCAAGCAUCUCCAUGACCAUGGAGUACCUACUGCUCUUGCUUCGAACUCCUUGCGCGAAUAUAUAAAUGCAAAGAUCUCUGUCCAUCAAGGUUGGCAGGGAUGGUUUUCAGUAAUCCUUGGCAGCGACCAGGUUAAAGCGGGCAAGCCCUCUCCAGAUUUAUUUGAAGAGGCAGCAAGACAGAUGGAUGUAGAUGCAGCUAACUGCCUUGUGAUCGAAGACUCGAUGGUUGGCGUUAAAGCUGCCAAUGCUGCCAGAAUGGAGGUAGUCGCUGUUCCACCCCAUGGUGAAGCUGCUGGUUGUUCUGCGCUUGCAAAGACUGUGCUUCAUUCACUUUUGGAGUUUCGACCCGAGCAUUGGGGUCUUCCUCCUUUUGAAGAUUGGGUAGAUAAUGCAUUGCCAAUUGAAGCAAUUUAUUUGAGUGGUCUGUAUGAUAAUGGGUUUGUCAAUGAAGACACAGAGGAUGGAAAAUCGGCUCUGCCUGACCAAGUUUGGGGAGUCUUCUUUGGAUGGGCUGUAGUGGAUAUGAAGAAGAGCUACAGGGUAGUGGUUGGCAUUGGUAUGGAUCCAAUUACCUGCUCUCCUAAGAAAAAGAUUCAAAUACAUCUAGCUAACGGAGGCAAUUGCUGUAUAUCCAACAAGAAAGUGAAAUUGCUGCUUGUUGGCUACAUCCGUGGACUAAAUAGCAAGGAAGUUACAUCUCUGGAUGCAGAGUCACUCGAGGAAUGUAAGUCCAUAGCAAGUGCUGCACUGGAUCUGCCAAUAUUCAGUCAGCAUGCUUAUGUUCCUCUGUACCCAGAUACUUUUUCUGUCGAAGAUAUGGUUGCCACUGAUGAGCUAGGACACUACUGA